AGAUAUACAACUACUCACCCUAUUGUGGUAUUUACUCUCUAAACUGCCUCUAUUAUUUUACCUAUUCUUAUAUUAUACUGUACAUGUACACCUGUUCUGAUGUGUUCAAUGAAAGUAUUAUUAUUAGACUACUUUACUCACAGAUAUACUUUACUCUACCUUUUCUUGAACUGAGGCGACCCUUUGAGAUUGUUGCCAAUAAUAGUGCGCAUGUGCAAUAACUAGAUAAAUAACACCACAGCUAAUCCUCUCCAUUUUACAUGAGAAGUGGUUACUACCUCAUCAUAUUUGAAGCUGUGUUAUUUACAUGAGAAGUGGUUACUACCUCAUCAUAUUUGAAGCUGUGUUAUUUUGCUGAGGUGUAGAUCUAGACUAGAGCUAUGAAACUAAAAGCAAGUUUCUCUACCUUGUUAUUUUUAAUGUUUAUCAGCAAAAGUCUUGCUCAAGGCGAUAUCACCCCUAGUCACAGUAGACAAGGCGCAGGCAGCAAUGAGAUUACCUUCAACUGUGAGUCCUUUGGAAAUGUGAUUACGAUUGGAGUGGUCAGUCUCCAUGCUGAUGGUUCGAGUGAUACUGAAAUAUCUAUGGAUACAAACACACACACAAAGACAUUCACUGUAACUCCAUCAGAUGAGAAGGCUGCUUAUUGUGAAGUUGGUGGUGUGUCUACAGAUUUAAUAUAUUUUGGAGCAUCACCUAUUCUGAAAUCAACUGUAAAAAGACUUCUUGCGAUUGUUGGAAGUGAACUUCCACUAGAAUGUCCUUAUGAACUAGGCACAGCAAGUGAUCAUAUUGACCCCUACCAUCAUAUCUGGGUUAAUACUGACGAUGCAAUCCCAGGAGAGUUUAGUCGAAUGCUGACUAUUUCUAUUACAAGGCAGUCACGUGAUGUCACUACUUAUAUAUGUGCUCUGAGGAUGCAGGAAUGCAGUGCAUGUGCACGAGUGGUCGAGUAUCCUCCUUUGAAUAGACCACAAUUUCAAAUUACUAAAGUUGUUCCACUUUUACUUGAUGUUGCCCUUGUUACUCAAACCGUGUCCACUGGUUCUUCUGUCACUUUUGAGUGUGCUGCUGAGGGAACGAGUAUAGAGAUUAUAUGGCUGUAUGAUGGAAAUACCUACACUGCUGACGAUGCAAAUGUAACCACCUCCCGCAUAGACUCGGCUUAUGUUCGGAGCAUAUUAGAAUUAUCAUCCCCUUCCAGCAGUGGAAGUGUUAUUUGCAUUGUUCGUCAAUCGUUUGAUGGUACCAUUUCGCUGAACAACAACGACUUUAACAACAAUUUACCAGAAAUGAUCACAAGCUCUACUGCAGAGCUCACAGUAAUACCAGCACAAUGCCCCCCUCUGCCAGAGAUAGCCAAUGGAAUGAUCUCCUACUCUCCUGACAACACUUCUGAUUAUAACAUCGGAACUGUGGCCUCCUACAGCUGUAACCCAGGUUAUGAGCUCAGGGGAGGAAAUGUGAUAAGGACUUGUGUGGAUGCUGGUGAUGAUAGAGGCGGUGUAUUUAGUGGACAGGCUCCAACUUGCAAACGCAACUGCACUGUACCUGUUGAACCUACUAAUGGAACUAUAACAGCUACCCUGGUUGAUGGUACCACAGUGGACUAUGAUAGUUUGAGCAAUACAGUGUUGGAGGGAACUGUGCUGACUUACCAAUGUGACAAUGAGCUCACACUGUUUGGGUCAGUGAAUAUCACAUGCACGAGUGGUGGAGAAUGGAGCUCUGAUCCUAACCUGGUAGAAUGCUCUCAAACUGGUACGCCUCUAAAUGUGAGCGUUGUAAUUGGAACCAUUGCGGCCAUUAUUAUCAUUAUUUCAUUGAGUUGGAUUAUAGUUUGUGUUUGGAUAUACAAACAAAGAAAACGGUUGAGAACACAACAACGUGCAACUGACAGUGCCCUGAGAUAUGAUCUUGCAGCAUUACCUGCUAAUACCAUCCGACCAUUUUAUUCAUUAUCAACGUUAUUCGAUGACACGAAUGAAUCUACCUUGAGUUCAACUCCCGAAGAGGUGAUAGCUUCUCACAACACAGAGGAUCAGUGUCCAUUAGAGUCACCACCACCAGAAAUUGUACCCCGAUUUCCAACAGUUGUUCAUACAGCUCAAGUGUCUACUACCGAUGGACAGCACUCUUCCAUAUCAGAACCACCUACUGAUAUUAAAGAAUCAAAAGAAGAAUCCACCGCAAACGAAACUUCAACUGGCACAGGAACAGCUUCCACUGCUGGGACAAGUGUUGAAGAGGUUUCAAGUGCUAUAGCCAAUGCUUGGUCCCUGAUACUUGGUAAUGUGAUGAAGCUACCUGAUCUACCAGAAUCUCUAAAGAUACCAGGAUCUCAGCUGAAACUGAGCAGUGGUCCCAUUGGACAAGGGGAAACUGGAAUGGUGUACAGAGGUCUACUAAUGAAUUGGAAAGAUGAGCCAUUGCAAGCUGUAGCCGUGAAGACAUUGAAAGGUUUGUUUUCCUCUAUGGAUAUUCAAUUUCUGAUGAGUGAGAUUAUCAAGAUGAAGGAUUUCAACCACCCUCACGUCAUGCCCCUGAUUGGAGUGUGUUUAGAUGCUGGACCAGGUGUUUCCAUGGUGAUGCCACAUAUGACCAAUGGGAGUGUACUGGAUUAUUUGAAAAAGGAGAGAAGUGGUUUAAAAUUGACUGAUAAUUGCAGCAAAGAAAAGGCACCGAGUGUCAGGAAGCUGUUGUUGAGAAUGUGUCAUCAGAUUGCCCUAGGAAUGGAAUAUCUCUCUCAACAAAGAUUCAUUCAUCGAGACUUGGCAGCACGGAACUGCAUGUUGGACUCGAGUGGUGAUGUCAGAGUUGGUGACUUUGGACUGGCUGAGGACGUCUACAGCACUGGAUAUUUUAGACAGAAUGAAUGAGCUGAUAUCAAGCUGCCCUACAAGUGGAUGGCAUUGGAAAGUCUAAACGAUGCCAUCUUCACUGAGAAAACAGAUGUGUGGUCAUACGAAGUGACUAUGUGGGAGGUCUUCAGUGGCGAUCAGAUUCCCUAUCCUGGAGUAGACGUCAGGACUCUUGUCAAGUUCCUACAGAGAGGAAGCCGAUUAGACGCUCCCGUUAACACUGCUUGUACUGCUGAAAUCUCAGCGGUGAUGCAGAGAUGCUGGCUGGAGGAUUCUAAAGAGAGGCCAUCCUUCACUGACCUGUCUUCAAUAAUGGACGCCAUGCUCUCCUCUGUGUCUGACUAUGCUGAACUGAACAUGGAGCUCCCUCAUAAUAGCCAAGACCCCAUAGACAUGAGUGGAUACGAUGAUUUAAACGAGUCACUCAGGAACAGAGCAACUAGGACCAACCCUUAUAAGCUCUCAACAAUAGUUUAAUCAUGUGUUUCUAUCGUAGCAGUUUUUAUUGACAUACAUAACUUUACUUGAAUUUGUGCAAAUGAACUUUAUUAUGUU